AUGGACUCAACCUAUAAUAAUCCUAUAAGACAGAGGAUAAACAAGAUUUUUGACAGUCAUGUUGUUUCCGAUAAUACAGAUGCAUUACAUUCAGUAUCCGGAUUUUGCUCUUCCAACUCAUCUUACACGAGAAGAGUAAUAUUGAAUGAAAUAGAAAAGAAAGAUAUGUUAGUAAAUAAAGCCGUUUUACUAGAAUACAACAAGGUAAAAGAUAAACUACAAGUGUUACUGGACUCUCUGUCUUCCCUAGAUCUCGCAGUUAAAGAUAUGUCAAGCAGAUUAGCCGAUUCUAAAACCAAGACACAUCAUUUGAUUACACAAACGACAAAAUUAAAAGAUGAAAGGAAGAAGACGGAAAAAAAACAAACAUGGGUCAAUGCAUUUGUUCAACAAUUUCAACUAACCCCAGAUCAAAAUGAGUAUUUGUAUAAUGUUUCAAUAAAAACACCUCUGACUGUGGAAUUUUUUGGUACAUUAUCUCAUAUUGAAAACCUGUAUAAUAAUUGUAAAACACUAAUAAAGUGUUGGCAUCAGACAUCUGCAUUUGACAUAAUGGAGACAGUGGGCCUCCAACAAGAAGUUGCUAUUGAAAAAUUAUAUCAUUGGACUAUCGGAGCAUGCCUUAGCACUGAUUCACCUAACAAUACUUUGGUUCCCACUGCAUUGGCAAAAUUUCAAAAUAGGCAAGUUCUUUUUGCUAAUAUAAUAGAUGAAUAUUGUUCAGCUCGCAAGGCUACCAUAGUGCAAUUAUUCAUCGAUGCAUUAACAAAGGGUACUGAUGGCUAUAGACCUAUAGAAUUUUAUGCCAAUGAUGCUAAGCGGUAUAUUGGAGAUAUAUUGACUUGGGUAUACCAAGUCAUACCAGUGGAAAAAGAGAAUCUUUCUACAUUAUUCAAGUUUUGCAAUAUGCCUGAAAAGAACCAACUCAUAGUUGAAGCUCUGACAAAUAUUAUGGAAGCUAUUUGUCCACUACUAAAAGUUAGAGCAGAACUCAUUUUGAAACCUGAUAAAGAUCCAUUAGUUCUUUGGUCCAUAGCCAAUCUCAUUAUUUAUUACAAAGAUGUCAUACAAGCUGUGAUACCAACUGGUCACCUAAUCAACACAUUUGAAGAAUUAUUAAAAAAAAGUGAAGACGUUUUUCUUAUAACACUUGACAGUAAAAUACAAAAAGAGUUAAGUCAUGGAGUCAAAGCCCCUCCAGUUGAUUUAAAUCCUUCUAUUGUGGUCACAGAUUUAGUUAGCUUCCUCAGAGACCUUUUGGCUAUAAUGAAUGCAGCCCAUAACAUCAAUAAUGCUGAUAAGAAAAUGAUAAUAACACAUAUAUUGGACCCAUUACUACAUGCUAUAAAUGAAACUGCAUGCCAUUUAAGCUCAACUGAUAUGUCUGUGUAUAUGUUGAAUUGCAUUUACCAUAUACAAUGUACCUUAUCUCUGUAUACGGUUAUGGAUGAAUAUAAUGAGAGAUUACAAGCUCAGUCUGAAGCCCAAAUUGAUACUUUAACAUCAGAACAAGCGAGUUACUUAGUGGCAAAUUUAAAUUUAGGACCAAUUUAUACUAUAUUACAAGAAAAAAUAAGUGGUCCAUUAUCAGCCAUACCUGGAAUGGAUACAUCAACCUUGAAGACUUUCUUAAAUAAGUUUGAUAUGUUCUUAGUAUCACAUGAUGUAUACAUGUUACAACAGUUGAAUUUACUGUUGAGUCAUACCCACAAAUCAACGGUAAAGAAGCGUGCUUUUGAAGUUAUAUUUGCUAUUUAUGCACAACUGUAUCAAGCUGUGCAUGACCCUUCCAAUGGCUAUGCUGAUCCUCAUACCAUAGUACGGAGAAAACCGGAAGAAGUUAACAAGUUACUUGUGUAA